AUGGAAUUGGAACUGCACGAACUGCCCUCCGACGGGUUUCCUCUCUCUUCAUCUCCGACCGUCAACCAGUCUGAUAUGACGCCUCCAAGGCCAGACGCCUACGAAGCCGUCCGGCGCCAUCUACGCUAUCCAGCGUUUGUUUCGCACCCCGAGAAGUCGGACAUUUAUGUUUUCGAGAAUACCUCGCAGGGACAUUCCUCCCGCGUGUUUGCGAAUAGCGAACUCUUCGAAUCGCACCUGAUCACCACCCCGAAGCCGGCAGCGCGCGUGGUGUCGAUAUGUUCUCAGACCUCUGUGGACCCGUUGAAAAUCACCGCCCAGGCCAUGCAAAGAUUGAUGAGCGUCUAUGAUAUUGACGCCUCGUUCCUUGACCUUGUUGUUUCCUUUGGCGACAAACCACGCGCCUCCGAUGCUGGUCAUGGCGGCAUGAACGUGAAACGGAGGGAAAAUGGAGCAUACGACAUGCAUUACCUCUUCGCAUACGCGGAGGGUAACAACAAGGGAGAGAGUGUGUCAUGGACGAUCCGACAGGUCUGCGUCUUUCACCGGCAUGAUCCCUCGGGGUCCGGAAACCUGUGGAUUCUGCUCCAUGCAAACCAUGAAUCCCGUCUCCAGAAGCACAUCCAGCAGAUAUUGUCCACCAGCCCGCAGGACCUGCUCGGGAAGUGGUCUGCCAUGCACCUGACUGUGCAGUCGGCUUACUUGGGAAACUGGCGCUGGUAUAUACGCAGUCUGAGUGAGAAGAUCGAGACAGCAAUCAACUUCACACUGGCACUUGAUCUUCGAAAGCCUGGGACAAAAGACAGCAUGGAGGGACUGGGGCCACUGAUGAACCAGCAAUAUCUGCGAGACAAGAUCGUGACACUUGCAUCGCAAGUGGGUGUGGCUUUGACGACUCUCCAGAGGUUGGACAAGAUCAACACGGAAUUCCGCGCGCGAGGAUUCACGUCUGAUCUAGACCAUCAGACCGUGGGCGACAGUUUCACGUACCAGAUCAUGUCGCUCGAAGGGUACCUCAAGAGCGUCGGGGUGCUGGAGCGAAGGGUGCGGAGUAUCUCGGACAUGUUGCCGGUUGCGCUGACUCUGGAAAACCAAGCGUUGGCGCUGGACAGCCAGAGGCUCACGAAUGAAAUUAAUAACCAGAUGCUUGAACUUACAAGCCAAUCGUUCGAUGAGAAUAUCACGGUGCGGGUGGUGACGCUCGUUACUUUGAUAUACCUGCCUGCAAGUUUUGUGUCGACUCUCCUGGGAAUGAACCUGUUCGACUUUGACAAUUCAAAUCAUGGCUUUAGUAUAUCCUAUCAGUUCUGGAUCUUUGUGGUUAUUGCGGUUCCUCUGACGCUCCUGACACUGGGGACGUGGUAUUUGCUCACGAAGCGGCGUUUAGAGGAGAUGAAAAAGAAAAAACAAGAGAAAGGGAUGGUAUGA